AUGAAUAGACUGGCCCCAGAUGUUGACCUGUUAAAGCCCAGUAGUGCCAGCAGAUUAAAUAAAACCAGUCCCACUAAAGGCUUUUCCCCAAUAAGAAGAAGUGGCUCACCUGUUAGAAGAGCUCAAAUACAUGAAAUUGAAUUGGAACAUGCAAGAAAGUUGAAAAGAGACAGAGAAGAGUUAAAUGCUAAGUUAGAUAUAAACAGCAACAAACCUAAAAUGGUGAAAUUUAACACAGAUGUGGAAUAUUUGGAAAAGUCCACCAUUACAAGUCCUAAACCCAAAAUCGCUAGAACUGAGAUUGAUGGUGAAAGUGUGAUGGAAGAGAUCAAGAAGAUUCAAAAAACUCAAGUAGAUAUAAUGGAGAAAUUGGAUUAUAUCUUGAGUAAAAUAGAUAAAUAG